AUGGAAAACAGACAUAUCCACACCUGGUGGGUCCAGAACUGGGACUCCCCGGGCUGGCAAACAGCCUGGGCGCAGCUCAUCAGCGACGUCCCCCAAAUCAUCGAGAAAUCGGGAGUGGAACUCGCUGGCCCUAGCGGGGAUCCCUCGGUCGAAAAUCCCAUUAUGGUGGACUUCGAAAAGAGCAUCGCCUUCAAAGGCGCCCACGGAGUCACGAAUGACACUUUCUACUUCUUACCGGAAUGGCCCUCGUCGUACAACCCCGUCGGACUGCCUUUCGAUGCUAUGUACACCAUCAAUACCGCUGGCCUGCCCUACGACGCUGUGGUAACCUGCAUUCUCCUGAGGGCAUGGGAGAUUGGACAGGAUGACUUCGAUGUUGGCUCUCGUGCGGGAUACGCGAGAUGGCGACCUGGUUGCGAGCUCUAUAAGAGCAUAUGGUCUAACUAUCCCAUCGAGUUGAUGUGGGGAGUCACGGAAGACAUUGGACAAGAAAGUGGCGAGCGCAUCUAG